GUCUGAGAGAGAGAGACUUCCUCGGUCUGAGAGAGAGAGACUGCCUCGGUCUGAGAGAGAGAGACUGCCUCGGUCCGAGAGAGACAGUCUGACACUGACAGAUAGACAGACACCUAUGAGAGGCAACAUGAGACAGAGAGAUACUAACAGUGUUACCCUCUAUGUAUGAAUAGAAGGAGAAAUACAGGGACACAGACAUUGAGACACACAGCAAGAGCCUGACUUAAAGAGACAGUCAGAGAGAGAGAGACAAAAAGAAACAGAGAAUGAAAGCAUAGCAAUAUAUAUAUAGAGAGAGAGAGAGUGAGAGCGCGGAUUUUAGAGACAUUCAGACUGACAAUAUAGCUCUGUGUAGAGAGACGUGCGGCACAGCUCUUUUAAAAAUAAAAUAUAUAUAGAGAGAGAGAGAGAGAGAGAGAGAGAGAGAGAGACGCUAGCACUUUAUCUAUAAAGCAAGAGAUAUAAUAUAUUCGGUAUAUAUAGAGGGGCUUCCAGACAGACACUAUAACUCUAUGUGUAGCCAGAGACCAUCAUACCCACUGUGUAGAGAGACAUGCAGACAGCUUGCUCUGUGUGUAUAUAUAUAUAUAGAGCGAGUGAGACAGCCAGCAUAGCUCUGUGUAUAGAAAGACACAGCAUAAUCUGUAUAUAGAGGUAGUCAAAGUAUACAGAGAGACAGGCACAGCGACUGACUCACUUCAUAUAGGGGGACAUCUGACAUACUGAACAGUCCUACACAAACCGAUUUGCUCUAUGUAGGGAGACAGUCACAGACUGACUGAGUUAUAGAAUAGCUAUAUACCACUAUAUACCACUCAGACAUACAGAAAGACUGCUAGGCCCCACAAACAAACGAGUGCAAGAAAAGUCCUAAGACCGUGUCGGCAAUAGACACCCUGACACAGAAGGCAUCACCCCCCAGUGCCGCAUCAAUAUGCCUAAUAAAACCAAGAAAGACAAGGAGCCUCAAAAAUCAGGAUGCGUAAGAAACACAGGGAAGAGCAACAAGGACAGCAAUGGAGAGACUCCUGAGGAGGUACAGCAAGGUGUAAAUAAACGCCCAAGCUCAAGCACUCCACCACCCACUCAACUCAACAAGAUACAGUAUGGUGGAGGCACUCAGAUUGUUAAGCGGGAACGUAGGCAUAGUUCAUCCCGUUUCAGCCUGAGCAAAAACAGAGAACUUCACAAGUUACCCUUCUUGAAAGAUUGUCCUCCUGGUGAGGAGAGGGAGUCUCUGUUUGUCCAGAAGAUCAGACAGUGCUGUGUGCUCUUUGACUUUGUGUCAGACCCACUUAGUGAUCUAAAGUAUAAAGAAGUGAAGCGAGCUGGACUCAGUGAGAUGGUGGAAUACAUCACACACAAUCGGGAUGUUCUUACUGACUGUAUUUAUCCUGAAGCUGUACAGAUGUUUUCAGUGAAUUUGUUCCGCCCACUUCCUCCUUCCUCAAACCCAAGUGGAGCAGAGUUUGAUCCAGAGGAAGAUGAACCAACUCUUGAAGCAGCUUGGCCACAUCUCCAGUUGGUGUAUGAAUUUUUCCUCCGUGUUCUGGAAUCCACAGAUUUUCAGCCAAACGUUGCAAAAAAAUUCAUUGACCAGAAGUUUGUUUUGUCGCUCCUGGACUUAUUUGACAGUGAAGAUCCCCGAGAGCGUGAUUUCUUGAAGACUAUCCUUCACCGGAUAUAUGGAAAGUUCCUGGGAUUAAGAGCAUACAUACGGCGGCACAUAAAUAAUAUCUUCUACCGGUUUAUUUAUGAGACCGAGCAUCACAAUGGAAUAGCUGAACUCCUGGAGAUCCUCGGCAGCAUCAUUAAUGGGUUUGCUCUGCCACUCAAAGAGGAGCACAAGAUGUUCCUGAUACGUGUCCUGUUACCUCUUCACAAAGCCAAAUCAUUGAGUGUUUUCCACCCCCAGCUUGCAUAUUGUGUGGUUCAGUUCUUAGAGAAGGACAGCAGCCUCACCGAAGCAGUAAUAUCUGGUUUACUGCGGUUCUGGCCUCGCACACACAGCCCAAAGGAAGUUAUGUUCCUUAAUGAACUUGAAGAAAUUUUGGAUGUUAUGGAGCCAGGAGAGUUUAGUAAAAUUAUGGAGCCACUAUUCAGGCAGCUUGCUCAAUGUGUUUCCAGCCCACAUUUCCAGGUUGCAGAACGUGCACUGUAUUACUGGAAUAACGAAUAUAUUCUGAGUCUUAUGAGUGACAAUGCAGCCCAGAUCUUGCCUAUCAUGUUUCCAGCUCUGUACCGCAACUCAAAGAAUCACUGGAACAAGACCAUACACGGACUGAUUUAUAAUGCCCUGAAGCUUUUCAUGGAAAUGAAUCAGAAACUGUUUGAUGACUGCACACAGCAGUACAAGGCUGAGAAACAAAGAGGGAAGGUUCGGGGAAGAGAACGAACCGAAAUGUGGAAUCGUAUUGAGGAAAUGGCCAGACAAAACCCUCAGUACCCCAUGUACAAUGCUCCUCCUGCUCUUAAUCUUAUCUGCUCCAUGGAGACAGACACUCCAACUGCUGAGGACAUUCAGAUCCUGAAGAAGACAAUGGAGACACAGGCCGUACAGGUGCUGCGAACUUCACCCCAAGAGCAGAUGUUGUUGCGCAGGAGGUCAGAGUUACCACAAGAUAUAUAUAUUAUUAAAGCUCUUGAGUCCCACAGAAGAGCAGAAGAAUAUCUAAGCAGCAGCCAGGAGGCUCUUUGACCAUCAUAUUAUCCAGGACUAAAAUUCAGAAUGUGAUGUAACCUACAAUCAGGAAGCAGUUAGGAGGCUCUCUAACUAACCCCUAGCAAAAAGUGCACAAAACCUCAGUAUAACUACAACUAACAGCCAGGAGGUGCUCUGACUCUCCUUACAACAAGAACUUAUAGCCAGGUGAUGCACUUACCUUUAACUGAGGACAGGAGACUCUCUAACCUGUACAUCCUAGGGUUCCUAGUCACUGGUGUGCAAAACACUGUAACAACAAGUUCCAGACACAAGGCACUCUGAGUUUCCGUACAAGAAGGACUUCUUGCAAGGUGGUGUAGUAAGCCUCCCUGUAACCAUUAUUCAGACCCAUACACCAGGGACAAAGAGUCAGGAGGUUCCUUGAACCUACAAACAAAAUCUACUGCCAUGGUCCAUUCCUUUUUUUCCUUCAAUUUAAAUUUAUAACCAUGGGGUACUGCUACCCCUGUCCAACACUAGUCCGCACUACCUAGUGCACUCCGACACUCUCACAACAAUCAAAAUCUACAGCCAUGGUGCACUCCUACCCUUCCUACCACCUAAACAUACAGCCAUGGUGCACUACUAUCCUCCCUACCACCAAAACAAACAGCCACGGUGCAUUUCGACCCUCCCAAUCUCCAAAACAUACAGCCAUGGUGAACUCCAACCCUCCCUACCACCAAAACAUACAGCUAUGGUGUACUCUGACCAUCCCUAUUCCCUACAGUCAACACAGAGAUUUCUCUCACCUUUCCUACAUCGAUCAAAUUAAUUCAAAGUGAAUUUCAAAUUUAGGGCCAGCGCAGCCAUGCUGGAAGUGAAAUGGACUGUGAUGUAGGCUCAAAAGAUUUAUUACAUUCUUUAUCAACCUAUUCACAGACAGUAAAGAGUUAUAUAUAGAUGUUUCAGGUACCCUCCAUCAGCACUUAUAACUGAAUUAGUGCUCUAGUCACUGUCACCACGUAAGUUGCACUUUUAGAUGACCUUGGACAGAUCGUGGUGAAAAUGGCUAACCACCACUCAACAAACUGCACUUAUCUGUGUCCAUUAGUGAGAGACCAAACUCCUGCUUGAUUCAAGAGAAAUGCAU